AUUAAAUUUAAAUUGUAAUUUUAAAUGAAUACUAUUAAUUAUGUAUUUUUAUUAAAUAAAAAGCUUUAUAUCAUUUCCGAAUUGAAAAUCAAAGUUUUAAUUCAUACAUUUGUCAAAAAUUAUAGUUGUAAAGAAAAUCAACUGGUUAUAAUCGGGCAAAGGUGCAUAUUUUUUAUUUUUCUAACUUAAAAUACACCGUAUAAGUCUUAGUUUAAUUUAAGUUUAGAGAACAUAAGUUUUUGAAAACAUUAUUGAAAACUGAUAAAAAUAAAGAGCUUGAAAUUAAGAAUAUACUGAUAUUUUUAAACCCCUCAUACAUAAACUUAAUGAGAGUAUUAGUUGUAAAAGUUUUUUCUUUUCAUGUAGUUUUUUACUUAGUUUUUGAUUAUAUAACUAUUUUAAAUAAAGUACAUCAAUAUUAGAUCAAUAUUAAGCUAAUUAGAGGAAAUAUUAUUUUACAUUGAAAAUUGAACUAAAUCCAAAAAUUAUCGUCAUGUCGUUAUGGUUACAAUCAUUAACAACAAAAGCGAAAGAAGUAAACAUAAGCGAUAGAUUGUAUGGGUAGUAACUAAGAUCGAGUCAUAUACUUGCUCUAGAAAUAAAAAAUAUAACCUCACAUUAAAUAAAUAUUUACAUAUAAAAUAUAUAAUAUAUAUAUAUAAAUAUCAAAAUUAAACUUUAUUAAAUAAAAUUUUGUUUUUUUAAUAUUUAAAAUUUCAAAUGGACCGUAAAAUGGCUUUUGAAAAUUAUCGAAAACGAGUUGAAAUUCCACAGGGACUUGAUUAUUUAGCAGAUAAAUUAAUUCGAGCAACUAUAAGAACUCGACCAAAAAAUGUGAAACAAUUUGCGGCAGAAUUUUUUGAUAAUCUUAUAAAACAACGAGAAAAUUCCAGUUCAAGCACUAUAUCACCUGUAAAUGUUUUUGGAAAAUCAUUGAAUGAAAUUGACAUUACUAAGCAAGAACCAAUCAAUAGUUGUGAGCCAAAUUCUUUUAUUAGCGGUGAAGAUGAUGAUAAACUAUCUAUACACUACGUAGAAGCUACAGCUGUGCGAACCUUGGCUGCCAAUACAGGUUCAGUGGCUAUAUUGGGUACUACUGCUAAAUGCAAACAGCCACUUGAAGUUGCUGAUAAUGACUUAUCGUCACAAAAGCCUCACAUAGAAGUAUGUUAUGUGGAAGCUACUGCUUGUAGAAAAUUAGCAGCUGAAACUGGGUCCAUAGCAAUUUUAGGAACGACUGCAGAUCCUAAACUUCCUCUUAAUGUUUCAGUUAAAAAAGACGACGAUAUUGGUUCUAUUCAUUAUGUCGAAGCUACAGCUGUACGACAAUUAGCUGCUGAAACUGGAACAAUUGCCAUAUUAGCAUCUACGGCUACUACAAAAUCACAGAGUUCAGAAUUAAAUAUUUCUGAAGACAAUGUUAGUGUCAGUGAAAUUCCCGUUGGUGUUAGUGAAAUUUUAAACUCACCAAAAACUGAAUACGAGUUUAAAAAUACAAAUCAAUCAGAAAAUAUAGAUGCUGACUUAAUACCAAUACCAGUGUUAGCAAUGGAAAAUUGUUCAGUCAACGAAGAAAAUGUUAAUUUCAUCACAAAGAAAGAUAAGAAUAUAACUAAAAUGAGCAAUGAAAUUAAAAAAAAUCAACAAAAUAACAUAUAUCAUAAUUUAGACAAAUUUAAUCGAUCAUUAACUAUGGACCAUACAUCAAUUACAACUGAAAAAUGUUUAAAGAAAUGGUCAACAACUGAUUUGGAUGGCUUAGAUAAUUCUUUUAAAAAAUUAAAAACUGAAUUAAAUGAUGAAAAUAUCAAGGUUAGGUUAAUUGAACAAAUAAAAGUCGGGAAUCUUAAUACUAAGGCUUUGAUGGAGUCCAAUAAUACUGUAAGCGAAAAUAGCACAAAAAAUUUAAUUAAAAUAACCAAAGAUGAAGUUUUUGAAAAAUUAUCACCAACAGUUGACUUAGUCCAAGAAGAAACUUCAAAAUAUCAACAAUUUUAUUUACCAGAACAAUCAUUCCAAAAUAAAAAAUGUAUGAUAUUAGAGUUAAAAAAUUUAAAUAAUAAGGAAUCAUUAGUAAAGGAAAUGAAAUACAACAAUAUAUCUAAUGAAUUAUUAAAAAAACAUAAAUCAAACAAUUUUAUAGAAAAUAAUUUGGCAUUGAAAAAAUCAUCAGAUAGUAAUGAGCAAAAAGAAAAUAGUUUAGACAAUACAAUUUUAACAAAUGAAGACAUUUUAACUGAUCAAACUAUAGUAAAUACUCUUUCCCAUCAGAAAUAUAAUAAUAAUCUUUCAUUAACAAAUGAUAAAAAUGAACAACUGGCAAAUGAUUUAAAUUCUAAUAACAUAAUUUCAAAUUAUCAAUCGUUGAAAAAUUUAUUACCGCAUGACCAAAAUUUGGUAAAACAGAAUUCCAUUGGUAUAGCUACCGUCAAACGAGAUAAUAUCUUAGAUUCAAAAUUAAAUACCAUGAUUUCAGAAAAAGAAGAUAUUAAUGAUUCAAAAUCUAUUAGAUCAAUUUCAAAAGAUCAAUAUUCAACAGAAUCGGAGUCGGAAGAAAAAACUCUAAAGUCUCAACUUUCAAUAGAUUCUUUACCAAAAGAAUCAGUGUCACAUAAUUUAAAAUCUAAUACAUCUUUUUCCAAUGACAAUUUAAAAUUAAGAGCUUCAAUAUUAAAUAACACUAAUAUAAUAUCCGACUCGAUAACUUCGCUCAAACACAGUGCAAGUGAAGAAAGUGAGAACUUUAUAUCAAAAAAAAGUAAAAAAUUACACAGGCAGUCAAACCAAUUUUUGGAAAAUAAGCAAAGUAUAGAAGAAACGCCUUGUAAUGAACAAAAUGACAUGUUAACAUACAAUGAAUCGAGAUCAAAUAAGAUUUUUAAUUCGCCAAUAAAAGACCAAUGUAUUACGACACAUAUUUUCGAAAAAUUCAACCCAUCUAAAUCAAAAAGUUUCUCGUACAGAGAAAAUAGCUUAAUUAAAACGGAGAUAGUUAUACCGAGAAGCACUUCUUUACCAGUUAAUCAAGAACAUGAUGAAAAUGGCUUUAUUAAUUCCUGUAAAGUUAAUAGUGUCAAAAAUUUAGACGUCGAAACUGAAUUUAGGUUAACGAUGAUUGAAAGUGUACGAGAGGCAGUUAAUAAAAUAUGUGAGCAAGCUGUUGAAAAAAGUACAGCAAUAGUGAGUGCUGGAAAAGAACACCAAGCUAAGAAGACUACUAGAGCAUCUAUUGAUUAUUCGGAUGUAACCGAUUGUCAUAGCAGUGAAUUUUCUUUACCCCCCCCACCACAGCAAUUGGAAUCAAUUACCCAAGGGAAUGAUUCCACGUGGCCUCCCCCGCCUUCAUUAUUGGAAGCAGAAGAAGACAAGACUAUUGGUACUGAGCUCUCUUUUGAUUUACCGGAUCUUCCUAUAGAAUUGGAACAAAUUGAUACAGAUAUAGAAAAAAUAGUAACGCCUGUAAAAGAAACAAGAGCAACACUUGAAGAAACAAAUGAAAAAUUUAGUUUGGUUAUUCCAACAGAAGAACAAAAUUGUAAAAUGAAUUCUAUAAAAGAUUCUGAAAUAAAAUCAGAUGAAAAUGCAGCUACCACUAUUCAAGCUGUUUAUAGAGGUUUUCGAACUCGCAAGUACAUAGAAUCAGCUAAUGCUGCUGCUGCCAAAAUUCAAGCUGGAUUUCGUGGAUACCAGGUUAGACAAUCAUUAAAAAAUGCUGUAAAUUUUACGGCUACCACCACAGAUGACAAUAGUCAAUGCUGGUCAGAUGAAGAACAAAAAUCAGUUGUUUCAGUCAAUUACUGUAUUCCGGCUGUUACAUCUUCAACUGUAAUUGGAAAUAAUUUGACAAUCGAUCAAGAAUAUGAUGAAACUAGAGUAAAUUCAUCAUCUGAUCAACAUAAUGUCGAAGAUAAUGCUCGAACAGAUGCUGCGAUUAAAAUUCAAGCUAGAGUUAGAGGUUAUGUAACGAGGAAAAGGUUGAGCAAAGAAAAAAAUGAGAGAAAUGAUGUUAUUGAUCAAACAAGCAAUAAUUAGUUAAACAUUUAUUUUUCAUUAUAAUUACAAUAAGAUUUAUUGAUA